CAAAGAUGGCGGCGGAACUGGAUAGAGUGCGAAUCUCAGCUGCGGAACUCCGAGCUGAAGCGUCGAAUUCAGUCAGCGUUACUGAGUGUCACAAAGAGGAACAACAGGAGCAUCACACACACAAGCAGCACAGAAGGCGUGAAGGAAAGCGUCCUGAUCUGCAACGCUACCAGCCAGUUCCUGGACAUGGACGACGUAACCAUGACAGUGAGGGAGAAACUGGUCAAAGUGAGCCCCUAGCUGCCGAAUCGCAUGAGCAUGAUCAGCCAUCCCAGAGUGAAAAAAAGGCUGUGUCUGGGGAGACACCUUUGGAGAGACAAGGGUGGACAGACAGUGGGACAGGUACCAAUAAAAAGGAUGAAGACAGGAUGAGAGGCGAUGGUGGUAACAGUCAGAACUGCAGAAAAGGGAGACAUGCGCAAAAUAAAUCAGAUACAAAUGAUGAAAAAUUGUUUGUUGAAAAGGAAAAUGAACAUCAAGAACCUGUAGGAGCAGCUAAGCCAGCAAAGAAAACCCGAAAACCAGACAGAGAAUUUUAUCAACCUGGGAGUAGAAGAAACAUUCAAGGGAAGGACAGUGGGGCUGGAAGAGAACAGGAUAAGCCUCCUCCUAGAAAGCAAGAGCAAAAAACCGAGCCAGAAUCUCAGCAAAGUACGAGGGAAAGUGGAGUGGACAUAAAAACCUCUAUACAGAAGCAGGGUGGAAAAGAUAAAAGAGUAAAAGGCACACAAGAGAGUGCAAAGGUGUUUACUUCUAGUGAGGCAAGUAGAAAGCAAGGAAGCCAAGACGUGGAAACACCUGAAAUACCCGUUGAUGCUUCAGUGGAGAAAAUUACUAGCAAAGUUGAAAAUCUCAACAUACAAGAAAAGGAUAAAGUUGAAUAUACAAGUCAAGAUGCUGGAGAACUAAGUUGCAAGGGAAGGGAACCAACUGACAGGAAAAGGCUAGGUCAAGGGUCAGGAACCAAAGAUGAGGAAGAAAAGUCAGAGAAGAAGAGAGAAAGGGGAAACCGAAGGAGGAGAGGCGUGGAAAAGACUCAGGACUCCAGAAAAGAAGAUGAAGCAGGUGAUCAGGGUAAGCAUAAUCAAAGGAAUACUGAGAGGGAAAAAGACAAGAGAGCUGUAGAAGCAGAUGUCGAGAAAAUGGAUAAAGCAAAGCAAACACACCAAAAUAAAGGAAGAGAGAACCGCAGAGAAAACCGAAGUGGCGAAACCAACAACAGCAGAUCCAGAGAUGCUGAGAGAGAUGCCAAGACAGAAAAAAACGUAAACAGAAAUCGAUCCAAUGCAAAUGUCACAACACCAACCUCGAAACGCUAUUCCAAAUCAGAUAUUCGGCGCUCACGUAAUCGAACUUACAGCAGUAGCUCAGCAAGUAGUGUGACCAGCCUGGAUUAUCCUGGACUAGGAAAGGAUGUGGAGAGUACAAAGUGGUCACAUUCUAGAGACAACAAUAAAAAGGGGGCUAUUGUUGGUGGAGAAGGACAAAGGCAUCAUUUAAAAAGUUGGACAACAAAUGAGGAAUCCUCUACAGAAUCACUGGAAGGAAGUGAGAUGAGUGACAGAGCAGACGAUAGGAGGAGGAAGAGAAGAGGUGGUGAGGGCCAGUUAAGUAGAGAGAGACAGAGAGGCGAACGAAACAGACAAAAAGGAAACAAAUGUGGGGGUCGGGGAAUCCUCAGGGUGUCUUUGGAAAAACAGUCGGACACCUCAUCACAUAGUGGGGAUGCACAACAUCGCAAGGAGGGCCCCGUUCCUCGUGGCCGAGGUGGGGGCAUCCUGGUACUUCCAGCCCGGACAGAUAUCUCUAAUUCACCUGAAGUGGGGCAAAGGCUUCUUUUUGGUGGAAUUAGAGGUGGUGCAGCUGGCAGGAGUAGAGGAGGUCGAGGAGGAGGAGCAAGGCGACUCUGGGAUCCAAAUAACCCAGACCAAAAACCUGCUCUUACCAGCAAUCAGUCCUCACAGCAUUCAUCUCUUCAGCAGUCUGUAUAUCUUCAGACAGGUACAGGAUAUGGACAGCUUCAUUUUCUGGACACAGAUGAUGAGGUAGCAGGCAGCCCUCCAGUCACGCAGGGUGAGCGCUUUCGACCCCAGCAGGCUUCUGCCAUGGCCUACUACAAAUUCCAAAACUCAGACAACCCGUAUUGCUACCCUGUGCCCACCAGUGGCCCACAUAAUCCUAACACCAACCAGCGCUAUCCAUUUCCUUAUCAUAUGGGACCCUACCAAAUGGCUUACACUAAUAGCAUGUAUCCAAGCCCUGGUGUGGGUCAGUUCUGCAGUAAUUACAGGGGAUCAGGUUAUUCCCUCCCGGGUGCAGGAGGCAGUGUAACAUUUGAAGAGGCAGAGCAACACACCAGAGGGGAGCUGGGAAGACUGCUGAGGGCUGCAGAUGCACAGGAGCUUCAGCUCAGUAAUCUGCUCUCCCGGGAUAGAGUGAGUGCUGAUGGACUGGAUCGCAUGGCCCAGCUCAGAGCGGACCUUCUGGGGAUAUAUGAGCAGGUCAUCCUGACAGACAUCGAGUUCUCAGACUCUCAGAACGUGGAUCAGGCUUUGUGGAAGAAUGUCUUUUACCAGGUCAUAGAGCGCUUCCGGCAGCUACUCAAAGAGCCCACCUAUGACAAUGCCCCUCAUAUCAGAAACAAGCUCCUUACACUGCUUGAUGAGGGCGAAUUAUUCUUUGACGCACUACUUCAGAAGCUUCAGACAGUAUACCAAUUUAAGUUAGAGGAUUAUAUGGAUGGCAUGGCUAUCAGGGCUCGUCCAUUACGCAAAACGCGAAUACAUUUUUUUCAGGUGAAGUAUGCACUCAUUAGUGCUCAGCGCUGUAUGAUUUGUCAGGGUGACAUAGCACGUUAUCGGGAGCAAGCCAGUGACUCUGCCAACUAUGGCAAGGCUCGCAGCUGGUAUCUGAAGGCCCAGCAGAUUGCCCCCAAAAAUGGACGCCCCUACAACCAGCUGGCUCUGCUGGCUGUUUAUACAAAGCGGAAGUUAGAUGCCGUGUGUUAUUAUAUGCGUAGCUUGGCAGCUUCCAAUCCCAUUCUGACUGCAAAGGAGAGCCUCAUGAGUCUUUUUGAGGAAGCCAAGCGUAAGGCAGAGCAGCUUGAGCGAAGGAGGAGGCAGGAGCAUGAAGGAGGCUCCAGGGGUCCAGCAGUGAGAGGAAGAGGAAGAAGGGAGGAAGGAGCACGUGUGGAGAUCUGGAUUCGCCCCAGUGGACAGGCAGCAGCACCUUCCUCUCAGAGAGGAGGUAGUGAGUCCAGCAGAGAUUCUGAACAAGAUGGAGAGCUGGGCAGUCUCAGCGUUGCUGAUCUCAAUAAGAGAUUCAUUCUGAGUUUCCUGCAUGCUCAUGGGAAGCUCUUCACUAAAGUGGGCAUGGAAACGUUUCUUGGAGCUGCGACCCAUGUUCUGCAGGAAUUCAGGACGUUGCUCCAACACGGUCCACACAUGCUGGGAAGUACACACAUGCUGCAGAUCAUCACCAUUAAUAUGUUCGCCAUACACAAUGCCAACAGCAAAGGUGAAGAAGGAGAAGUGCGAUCUGUUUUACAAGAGCAGAGCACUGCCCUGGGUCUCGGUAUGUUUGCACUGCUGGUGCAGCGCUGCACAGAACUUCUUCAAGAAAUUCCUGCAGAACCAGUCCCAAUGACAGAUGGAGAGGAGGAGGGUAAAGCGGAGGAGAUGGAGGGUCUUGUGAGAGUCUCUGCCUUCCCAUUAGAACUAAGGGAAAUGCUGCCAAGUAUCAAAGUCUGGUCUGACUGGAUGCUGGGACACCCAGACCAGUGGAACCCACCACCAUGCAGUAUAGAUUGCAGCCCCAAUGUCUGGCAGUGCCUGGCUGAUCUGUGUAACUUGCUGGCACGUGUGGACCAUGGCGAAGUACCCCUGUACAAAGUGGAUAGUGAAGAAGGAGAGGGGGAUGAGGAGCUUAUGCUGCUUCAGUUGAAGGAAGACCGUCUGCUUGCUGGUUUUGUACCGUUGCUGGCUGCACCACAGGAGCCAUGUUACACAGACGGACACACUGACAUGGCUAUAGCAGCAGAUUGUAAGAGAGUUACUGUGCUGAAGUACUUUUUGGAGGCUUUGUGUGGACAGGAAGAGCCUUUGUUGGCUUUCAAGGGAGGCAAAUAUAUCUCUGUGGCAACUCCUCCUGCACCUAACCACUCAACAGAUACAAGAAGCAGGCAGGAUUCUCUAACAGAAAAAGAGGGAGAUGAUGUCAUACUCGAGGCAGUGUCUUCUCUCUCUGCAUCAGAGGAAGAGGAAGUUGAGGAGGCCGGAGACAGCGAGAAUGACAUCAGAGAGCUCAAGGCACGACGCCAUGUCCUCGCCAAUAAACUGGCACAGCAACAAAAGCGAAGGGAUAAAAUAAAGGAGGUGCUGCAGACGGGUGGGCAGUUGGAGCUUGAAGUGAGGCCUCUCUUUCUGGUUCCAGAUACAAAUGGAUUUAUUGAUCAUUUGACAGGGCUGAAGAAACUCCUUCAGUGUGGAACAUACAUAAUAGUUGUGCCACUUAUCGUGAUUACAGAGUUGGAUGGCUUGGCUAAAGGCCAGGACAGUUUUGGUGGAGGAGUGGAGUCAGGAGGGCGCAACUAUAGUGUCAGUGCGGCCCAUGUGAGGGCUGUGCAGGAGAACGCUCGGAUGGCGGUGGCUUUCUUAGAAAAAGGAUUCGAAGCCAGAGAACAGUGCCUCAGAGCUUUAACAAGCAGAGGAAAUCAACUUGAGUCUAUUGCCUUCCGUAGCGAGGAUAUGUCUGGGCAACAGGGUAACAAUGAUGAUAUUAUUCUGUCCUGCUGUCUUCACUACUGCAAAGACAAGGCUAAAGAUUUCAUGCCUCAUCAGAGAAAUGGCACCGUGAGGCUCCAGAGAGAAGUGGUACUCCUCACAGAUGACCGUAACCUCCGUGUCAAAGCUUUGACCCGUAACGUACCUGUGCGAGACAUCCCUUCUUUCCUCAGCUGGGCCAAAGUGGGCUGAACCAGAGUAAGCCUAAACACAAGGAACCCAACUGCUGAAGCCUGCUUGUCAGUCAGCCAAGAGAGAAGACACACUUGAGCGGAGGAAGAUAACAGGGGACAGGAAAUGAUAAAGAAAGUAAAGAACCACUUCUUAUGAAAAACAAGCAAAAUGUAGAGAGAGCAGAGUGGUUUCAAUUAGCUUUCCCCCCUUGUGACAAAGUAAGUGUGUGUAUGUGUGUGUUAAGAUCAGAGAGCUUCCCCGGAGAGAGGCAGGAAAGACUUAAGUCUCAGAAAGGCUGGAGUGGAAAGGAGGAAGGAGGAAAAAUGGAGUGAAUUGAUUUGUAGGUUGCCCUGUCCAGCCGCAAACCUCUGCUCCUAUUUAUUGUAUGCUCUGCAAGCAGUGUUAAAAUUUGAAUCUGAUGAUAGAAUGAGCCAGAAUGGGGGAAGAGUGUCUAUGGUCAUUUAAUUGAUUAAAGACAGCAUCACUGAAGGCCAUAAAUGGCACUUGUACCCCUCUCUGAGGGCCCAGGCUUAGAUAAAGCUUCAGCCUCAACAGCAGAGCUAAGAGAAUGGCAGGAGGAAAUGGCCACAGCUGGGUGGUCUGUGUCAAUACAGUUUUAAAAAAAAAAAAAAGCAGCUGAUUGUAGAUGGGGGGGGGGGUGUAAUCAGGAGCCUUCAUGCAAACUCAGCACUUCCACGGAAUCCCAUGCAGAUAUGGCAUUUCCUGCUAACCCAGGAAAUGCUUGAUGCCUGUUUGGUAUCUUGGGUUAUUCCUCCAGAUUGACACUAACAGUUUUUGUUUGUUUUUUUUUGUAAAGUCAACAGCAACAUCGGAUAUGGUUUAGUUUUCUGUUUGUACUUUUGUCUUUUUUUUUUUUUUUUACCUGUUGUAAAAUAUGUUGUUCUUAAAAGCUGUUAGCUCUGAUAAUAAACAUCUGCAAAGUUUUCCUAAAAAGAUCUGCUAAUUAAGCAAAUCCAGUUUUAAUUUAAGUCAGGGUGAAAAUAGAGUUAUAAGUACUCCGAGAGCAUCAUUUUAUUGAUCAAACAUCAGCACCGACUCGAGCCGUUGAAGACAAAUUAGACGCUAUUCUGAAAUGCACAUAAAUCUGUGUGAUGGAAUUUGUGCUCAUACAAAUAUAAUGGGAAGGGCUUUGAUAAUGAUGUCUUUGUUUCCCUGGCACAAAAGGGGAGUAAAUAAAAACUCAGACAUCAGAAACCAUCACCCUUUUUGUCAAAUUGUCAUUUUGUUGCUUUGAAGGGUGAAUUUGUUUGCUUUGUGUUAGGUUUUUAGUUCUAGAAAAUAGGAUUUCAUUUAAGUGGCAUUUGGCCCAUAUAUGGCUUUAAACAAUAUGAAACGCAGGGUUACAAACGCUCGCUGACCCGGCCCAUCGUGUGUCAUGCUCUGAUCCUUUGCAAAGACUUUGCAGAAUUUUUAUUAUCAAGUAUAGACUUGUGAAUUUAUUUGUGCUGUUUUGUUUAAACCACCGCAGCAGGUUACGAUUUCAGUAGCUUUCCUCUCAUUACAUUAUUUGUAUAGUUAGUGUUCUUAUUUUCAGUGUGACUUUGCCUUUCAGUUUACAAGCAUGCUUUUCUAGUAGCUGAAAUACAUAAACAUAGGUUUCAAAAUUACCGUGAAAAUCAGGCAGCAGACAUUUAACAAAACAAACAAACAAAAAAAAAACAGUGUUGUGAUUUUUUUUGUUGUAGCUUUAAAAGACAGUCUGGAUGCUUUAGAUUUGUAUUUGUGUCACAAUAUAUGUCAGAAACUACACUUAUUCAUCAUUCACUCAUCCCAGUUCAGAUCUUUGGAUUUAAAAUGUUAUUGAACUUCUUUCCGUCUUCCAUCGCUCAUUGACGUUUAUGUAUUUGUAUGAGCUGUCUGCUAGGUUUACUCGUCUUUUUCAGACCCUCUGUUUUGGUGCUGCUGUAGUAUUAAGUGCAGCCUGUUGUGUUAAGUGGGCACUGCUGUUGUGUUUUAGUGUUGGAGCAAAUGUAGUGCUGUAAGCAGCUUAACUCAAAUGACUUUUCCCUUCAUCUGUCAUUAAAAAUGUUUUAAAGGC